AUGGUGCUGGGAUCCUAUUUGGCUGGACUCUCUGCUUCUAUAUCUCAAUUGUGUACCAUGUUUCAGCUCUACUUCUGUGGGCCUAAUGUCAUCAAGCACUUCUUCUGUGACAUGCCCCAACUGUUAAAUCUGUCCUGCACUGACACUUUCUUUGUACAGCUGUUGAUUGCUAUAUUAACAAUGCUCUUUGGGAUAGUAAAUGCCCUCAUUAUCAUGAUAUCCUAUGGCUAUAUUGUCAUGUCGAUCAUGAAGAUCGCUUCAGCUAAAGGCAGGUCCAAGGCUUUCAACACCUGUGCUUCUCAUUUGACAGCGGUUUCCCUCUUCUAUACCUCAACUGUCUAUGUGUAUUUGAGCUCCAGCUCUGGUGGUUCCUCUAGCCUUGACAGAUUUGCAUCAGUAUUCUACACUGUGGUUAUUCCCAUGUUGAAUCCAUUGAUUUACAGUCUGAGGAACAAGGAAAUCAAAGAUGCCUUGAAGAAGUUACAAAAGAAGAGAUGGUCUUUCUGA